UGCGGUCAUGUGAUCUCAGCACGCUUAAACACACACUAAGCGUUUCCCUUGCUGGGCCCAGAGAACACACACACACACGGGAGAAGACAUGGACCUUCCAGACUCCGGCUCCACUUCUCCGAUCCGUCUGGAGGCGCUGCGCGAACGGAUCCUGAUGCGUAUUCUCUCUUAAAUCCGCGGCAGGAAUGCCUUUCCCCCUUCAACUUAAAGAGCUUGACAUACUAAACUAUGGGAUCUGCCACCGAUUCAGAGGAGAGAAAGAUAUCUGUGUGGGUUUGCCGAGAAGAAAAGCUUGUUCUCGGCUUGUCAAAGCGCAACACCUGCGCUGAUGUUGUGAAAGUGCUCCUGGAGGAGCAGUGCGCACAACCCGGACUUUCCACGGCGCAGUCUUACUGCAUCGUGGAGAAAUGGAGGGGCUUCGAGAGAAUUCUGCCGAACAAAACAAAGAUUUUAAAGCUGUGGAUCGCGUGGGGAGACGAGCAGAAAAACGUGAAGUUUGUCCUGGUAAAAGCAGACGCCUCUUUGGAGAACCGCAGGGCCCGGAGCGCAGAGGCGCGCGUGGUGCCGAGCAAACAGAGCCCCUGCGCCACCAAAGGGUCUCCCAGGUCUAACAUGGGCUGCAUCUCACCAGAGAAGCAGCGACGGAUUGUUAGGAAAGCUUUCAGAAAGUUGGAGAAGAUCAACAGAAAGAGGACGCGGGCGGCGCACAGAGAUGCGUCCUGCGCGGAGAAGAUGGAGACUUUGGUUCAUCUCGUUGUGUCUCAGGACCACACGAUCCGCCAGCAGAUUCACAGGAUUACAGAACUGGACGCAGAGAUCGACACCUGUGAGGCAAAGGUGCACCUUGACAGAAUGAAGAGACACGGGGUCAACUACGUGCAGAACACCUAUCUGAUGGGAGCAACUUCGGUCUCAGCGCAGGAAGGAAAGGAACUUUACCCGAAAGAGACUUUUGCGAAACUUGAAGAGUAUGUUUGGCAGUGCGAGCAGGUGCUGAAGCUACAAGAAGAGCUUUGGGAGCAGGAGGCUCUCGUUGAUACAUUCACAGCACACAUUCAGGAGGAGUUGAAUCUUCGCUGGAUGCAGCGCAGGAAAAGGGAGUUACGCAGCAAAUGCUCCCCAUCCCGCUCCUCCCCCUCCUCCUCCUGCUCUCAGGCAGACUCAGCAUCACAAGUCGAGCAGUUUAUGGAGGAGGAGAGGAUCAAAACGCAGCUUGAUGCGAGUUUGUACAUCGGUCUGCGACUCAACGCGGAUUUAGAGGCUAUUAGGGGGGAUUUAGAGCUGGCCCAGCAGAUUGGCACGGCCAGGGAAAAGGAAAUGAGGGAUUUGCUGGAGAAAGUGAACAGUUUGGACAUGGAGGAGGGGGGCGCCGGUGAAGAAAUGCGCAGCCAUGGGACUGACGACAAGGAGACCAUGACUGACAAUAUGGAAGGGGGAAGCGAGUGGGUGGAGCAAGCCAGGGGUCUGUCUAAAAACGAAAACGUGAACGAUGACGACUCAGAUACUGGCUUAAGUUCUCUGCACAGCCAGGACUCAGACGGCCUCCCUGUGUGGGAAUCACUGGUCUGACAUUUCACAAGAAAACUAAGUUACACUUACAAGAAAAGACAUUGUGCUCACUGCGACUGGUAAAAAAAAAAAAAAA